AACAUACCCUGGCUCAUUGAACUGCUCAGCGCACGCGACCCCGUGUUUCAGUGUUUGAAUUCCCGUAGCGAGCAUUUUUGCCGGACCUCCCUAUCUCUUAUCUGUGCAGCAACCAGAAACGGGUUAAAAAAUCGCUUUCUCAAAAUCAAAGCUCAAAUGAGCCAGCGUCCGAAGCGAGCGGCAAAAAGGCAUUUCGCGGACCAUGCCUCACCAGACGGAGCAUAUGACGCACUGGACGACGACGGCAACCUAGACGCAGCGCGACGGGAUGCGCUGGAUCGCGCGGCUGGUGCAGCCGGCUCGGACAAGCGGCCACGGCGGGAGGGUGCAGGGCGCAAGGGGUUUGCGGCGCGGCGCGAGGCAGACGACGACGAGGCGGCCAGCGGCGGGGAGAGCGCAAGCCAGGGUAGCGAGGACGAGGCAGACCACGACAUGAGCGAUGACGGUGAUGAUGGCCUUGGCGAAGAGGACGAGCCGCGGAGGGGCGGGCGUGGCGGCGCAGGCGCGGCGCGCGGGCGGCGCGGGGGCUUGCGUGGCGGCGGCCGAGCAGGGCUGGCCGGCGCAGGCGCGGCGCGUGGGCGCGGCGCCCGGGGCGGGCGCGGCGGCGGUGGCUCAGCGACGGCUGGUGGUGCGGCGGGGGCGGCGUCAGAUGAUAGCGAUGUGGUCAUCAUCUCAUCUGACUCAGACGACGGCGCGGCGGGAGCCCAGGCGGGUGCCAGCAUGGCUCCGCCCGCAGCUGCAGCAGGCGGCCGCGGCGGCCGCGGCGCUGCACGUGGCCGGGGCCGCGGUCGCGGCCGGGGCGCCAGCCAGUCGGCACCGGCCGGAGCCGACGACGGCAACGGCUCAGAUGAUGACGCGGAGCGCGACGGCGGCGGCCAGGCGGGCGGCAGCGGCGGCGCGGCAGGCCGCGGCACGCAGGCCCAGGGACGGCAAGGCGCGGCGGCGCGGUUCGCGUCUGCCACGGAGCCUCUGCAGAUCGACUCCAAAGAGCUGGCUGCGAUGCGCAGGAAGAUCAAGCGCUAUCAUGAGGAGUACCAGGACGCGGCGGCGAAGUGCGACGUGUGGAACGAGGUGUCCAACGCCACCAAGCAGGAGCUGGCUCGCGUCGUUGUGCGCUACAUGCUCUUCGCGACGCGCGCCAAGCCCGGUGUGCCGGUGGCUCGCGGCAAGCUGACGGAUGCCAUCAAGAAGGCGCUGGGCAACCAGCGGCACCACAGGAAGCUGGCGUCGGUGUGGCUGCCCUGGGCCCGCCACAUGGCCAUCUCCACGCUCGGCCUGGACAUUGAUGACCUGGCGCCGCGGCCCGAGCCCAAGAUGGGCGCAGGCGGCGCCGCGGCCACCGCGGCGGGCGCCUCCGGCUCCGCGGACGACGUCCCCGCCGCCCCCGCCACUCCCGUCACUGCCGCCGCGGCCCCCGGCAACCAGCACUUUGUGCUGCGGACGGCGCUGCCCACCGUGCUGCGGCUGCAGGUGGUGGGCCAGGGCGCGGCCCCGGGUGAGGGCGGCGACGACUGGGCCCUGACCUCUGUGGUGCUGGCCCUGAUCCGCGUCAACAACAACAAGAUGGAGGAGACCCAGCUGAAGCGCCUGCUGGACCAGCUGGGCUUCCAGGAGGGCCAGCCGCACCCGGUGCUGGGGUCGCUGGACGCCCAGCUGAAGCGCAUGAUGGACCAGCGCUAUAUCGUGGCGGACAGGAACACGACCAUGCAGGCGGACGGGCGGCAUGAGCGGCUGCUGCUGUGGGGCGACGCCGCGCUGUCGGAGACGGGGCCCAAGGCCAUCGACGACAUGAUCGAGAGUUGGUUUGAGCUCAAGGACAGCGCAGCCGCAACGGCGGACGACGAGGAGGGAGCGGCUGGCGCGGCGGAUGCUGACCAGCAGUAGGCGAGGCGACUUACACUGCGGCUACUGCAGUCUUUGCCGUCUGAGGCAAAGUACCGGUAUUGACGCAGUUUGCGCUCGCACACGGCACGCAGAAGUGGAAGGGCGGUCAGGGCACAGCUGUAUGCGUGCUGUCGAGGGUACCGUCCAAUGUACGAUGGGGCUGCCGCUGGGGGACGGCUGCCUGCAUGCAUGCAUGCUACAUAUGGGGUAGAGGAGACGCGCAUGCAAGGUGGUGAUACUUGAUGUGGUGCUGGGGACGGGGUCUUGCGACGAGACGGCCGGGUAGGCGCACACACGCAACACCGGCUAGGGUCGGUGACUUCGGGCGCGAAUGGGCAGCAGGUAACUGCGGGAGUACGUAGCUGGACUAGACUCAUACUGCCUCGAAGUUGGGUGUCCCCUCAAAUGGCCUAGUAGUCGUCGGCACCUGCGCCACGUACACGGGGUCUGCGAAUGUGCGUGGCUGCGUACGCACGUACGAGGGAUGUGCGAUGGAGGCACGAGGGGUAGGACCCUGGUUCGAUGCUGUUGAACACGGCUUUAACUGUGCCAGUCAUUCUAUUCUUCCUGGAUUUCGUGGUCCUUACACGUCGUGUGCAUAUAUAACUGCGAAGCCGAAGCAGCAGCCUCUGGGGCCCUGAACGAACCGCACGGAAGUCAGUGCUCGUAUCUUUGUAGA